UAAUUGCAUGUAGGGUUUGCAAGCUGACAAUAGAGGGCAAUGCACCAGCUAGCUAGAGCUUCAUACAGGCCAUCUUUGUUUCACUGCUUGGAAGGAAGUUUUGGAGCUCCCAGGGCGCUGGCCAUGCUCUGGAAUGGCCAGGGGUCUCUCGAGGUUUGCAGAUGUGACUCACGCGCCGCGCUCAUUCAGGACAGGGCCCAGCCAGAUGCACCGACAUCGGAAGCGAGCAUCAGCAGCAUGGGCCUGCCAAGGCAUACUAUUGCUCCUGGUCACGACACUGCUGAGCACUCUGUUGCUCUGGAGCAGAGGGAGAGGCCUUUCACGGCCUGCGACCACCUCACAGGAUGUCUUGCCCAAAGCCAGGAACAUAGGAGUGCACUCAGUGCUGACUGCAUCGCAGAACAAGACGAAUAGCAACGGAGAAGCAGGGCCGGAGUUUAGUCUGUGGUCUUCAGAGGAAGAGACAAGGAGGUGGAAGGCAUGCUACCAGCGAAGACCGGAGUGGCCAGAACCGCCCCCUCAGGAUCAGUCAAGCGGCUAUCUACAUGUGGCCUUGUCCGGGGGCCUGAACCAGAUGCGAGUUGGGCUCUGCGAUGCCGUGGUGGUUGCCCGGGUACUCAAUGCCACCCUCGUUGUUCCCCACUUCGACAAAGAUUCUUGGUGGGACGAUCACAGUAGUCUCGAAGAGGUCUUCGAUGUGGAUCACCUCAUCGAAGCCCUGCAAGCAGACGUGCGCAUCGUGAAAGCCGUUCCCGAUGCGCUCGCGACUGCCAAAGUCACCUCCAAGCUGUACCCACGGAAGUCCACGCCCCAAUUCUAUGUCGAGCACGCACUCCCCCUACUCCGGAGCAAAGGCCAGCUGGAGCUUCGCAAGUUCGACUUCAGAUUGGCGGACCGCAUCGACGAGGACCUUCAGAAGUUGCGUUGCCGCGUCAACUUCCAUGCCCUGCGCUUCACUCCAACUCUCGAAACGAUCGGCCGGCGCCUCGUUUCUGCCGUGAGCAAGGAUCGGAAACCGUUCGUCGCUCUACAUCUGCGGUUCGAGCCCGACAUGCUGGCGUUCUCCGGGUGCGACUACGGGCUGGGGGCCGAGGCUGAAGCGGAGCUGACCGCACUACGCGCCCGCUGGAAGAACCUGCCUCAAGACAUGGAUCCGGAUCAUCAGCGGAGGCACGGCCACUGUGUUUUGACGCCGGAAGAGCGUCUCGUUCCAAUUUUGCGUCUGCUUUGUCUCGUCCGUCGAGAAAAGCGGCCUCAAAACGCAUCGACCCGGACCAUAAGUGGAUGCAUGGCAGCUGCGUCACGUGUCUGGAGUAGAUUGGAAGGUCGCUCGAAGCCCUCGGUUACCCGAGCGACACUCUUGUGUACAUUGCUUCUGGCCCCAUCUUCGGAGGCGAAGUCUCCGUCAAACCCCUGCGAGAAAGGUUCCCCAACCUAG